CCCACCAGCUUGUUUGCUCUUAUAAACGUCCCCUCAAACACUGGUUUGAAAAACAGCAGGCGCAUUAAAAGAAGAAGUAUUCAGCUGAAGGCUAAAGUGAUCAGCAGAAAGGGUGAUGGCAGUGUCAGUCUCCAGGGAUCUCACAGUGCGGGUGCUGGCAGACCCGAAUACUCUCAAGCUUGCUGAGAGACAACAGGCACUGAAGAAUGCCAUCCAGAAAGGAGAACCCAAAUGUCUGGGGGUUAGUCAGGUGAUGCUAGGACUGAUGGUCAUGUCCUACUCCAUUCCUCUGCUCUUCACUGAGUUCACAGAGGUGGUCACCCUGGGAGUUCCUUGGUGGAGCGGCCUGAUGUUCAUCACAGCAGGAGGAAUUGCAAUAUUCUUGGACAAACACUGCACCAUGAAGAUUCUGCAGCUGUGUCUCAUGAUAAGCAUGGUGUCUGUUAUGCUGUCAGUGGUGGCUGUGAUCAUCUACUCUGUGGACAUGAACAAAAAUCCUGAGGAGCCUUGUAUGAAAACUACAGAAUACAACAGAUGUGACGAAAAGCACUACGAGACGAGGCUGAGCAGGGGAGUGAAGUCGUCCCUCCUCGUCUUCACUCUGGCCCAGACAGUCAUCGCUGCCAUUCUCUGUGUCCUUCUCUUCAGGCAGAGGCGUAGCUUCGUAUCAUACACUCCUCUCGGUGAAGCAGCUCCACCCACUUCAACACUGCUUACAUCGCCCGACCUGAACUGAUCAGUUAUCCUUUGACUGAUUGAUCAUCUGUGUCCUGAUGAUUGAAAGUCUUGAAUUUGUCUAACCCCUUACAUCUACCACUUAUUUACUCUGCUACCUGCCAUGUUUACACAAGUGUGCCAGUUCUGUCAAGGGCCUUUCACACAGACGUAAUAACUGUUCAACACUGGAUUAAUGGUUCGUGGACGGCACAUCACAGUCUAAGUGCAGCCAUGUGUGCAGGGACGCAUUUUUAUCCAAGACUAAAGACUUUUUAUUCUGGUAUUCUCCUCUAAGACAACCGUACUUGUUAUGUGUGGCACAUGAUGUCACAUAUGAAUGUGGAGCGUUCGGCUAUGUCCAGUCACAACUGCUGAAUAGUUGCCCAAGGGGCCAUUAACAAACAAUUGCCCCUUGGGGAUAAAUAAAGUCUUCUGAUAGCAUACAGGGACCAUAUAGAAAUGCACUGCCUUGAAAGAAAAAAUGGAUCAUGGUUUUUGUAUCUGAAGAAUUUCAUAGCUGAAAGAUCCUGAUUUUGUAAUCAAGAGAAAAGGUUCUGCAAUUUUCAAAUGACAUAAACAAGAAACUUCACUAAAUGUGGAAGAAACGUACCUGCAUGAAGAAGGCACCCAGUCAGAAACAAACCCUGGGACUUCUUCUUCACAGUCCAGUCCAGGUUUUUUUCCUCUUUCAGGUUUAAACGUAGGUGUGGCACAUAGGAUACAACAUUGUGUGCAGUGUUGAGACCAUGUUUCAAAUAAAAAUGUUAUUGUGAUAAGAUUGGUGUUAAGAGAAUUGUUCGUGCCAUCUUUGACAGUAUUUUGUGUAAAAUUU